CCAGCAUGAGCGGCCUUUAAAGAGCAAGGAGCUGAACUUCUGCAGCAUCAAGCAUCAGCAAGUUCAGGUACAACAGGGAAAAUCUGUGGACCACCACCAUGACUCCAGCUUUCCUUUGCCUCGUCUUCCUCUCAUUGACGGCCAUUCCGGCGGGUGCAACCGAUGAUGAAGCUGUAACCGAUGGGUCUUUAGACGUCUCUGAAGUCAUCGCUAUAGCUAACGAAGGCAUAUCAACGAGACUGGAACACGGCGACAUUGUGCCAAAUCGAAACAGGAAUGCAGACCCCUGCACUGCCAGAGGCUGCAAGUGGCCGAAAAGCGGAAGCUACGUCAGAGUGCCCGUCACUAUCUCCUCCAGCUACACCAGAGAAGAGCGCAACAUCAUCAUUAGAGGCCUGGUGAGCUUCCACCAAUCCACCUGCAUUCGCUUUGUCUGGAGACGAUCUUCCGAUCGGAAUUACCUCCACUUCUUCUCUGGAACUGGGUGUUGGUCCUACCUGGGCCGUCAAAGCCGAGGACAGCCGGUUUCCCUGAGGAAAAAUGGUUGUUUGUACAAAGAUACAGUGCAGCACGAGGUUCUCCACGCUCUGGGCUUCCACCACGAGCAGGUCCGCUCCGACAGGGACACAUACGUCUCCAUCCUCACCCAGAACAUCCAGCCAGGAAAGGAAUCAAACUUUGUGAAGGUGGGGACUAACAACCUGGGCACUCCCUACGACUUCGACUCUGUCAUGCAUUACAGCAAAUUCGCCUUCUCCAAAAACGGGCAGCCAACCAUCGUCUCUAGGAGCAAUCCAAGCCUUAACUUUGGACAAGCGACAGAGAUGAGUGUCAAUGACAUUGCUCGUGUCAACACGCUUUACGAAUGCUGACUUGAUGGAAGGAAACGGCUGACCUUCAAAUACAUCAAGAGAUAAGUCCGGGUUUGUCAGGAUUACACUAAAGGCCCAGAUCUGUCGUACUGCAAGAAUAUAAGCAACAUAAACUUGUCUUGAAUAUAUAAAUGUGUCAAAUACCUGUGCAUAUGUGAUACAGAGAUCUAAAGUGCUGCCACACUUUUGUUAGCUUCUGUUUGCAUUCGGUUUCAUUUAGUAUCCACUACGGCACUAAAGUGAAGUAGCUCAAAAUUAUUAUUAAUAAAUUGCAAAACAAAUGUACUUAGUUACUUUGCACCACUGCCAACUAUGAUAAUUGUGUGCAGACACGGGAAGGGAGCUCUGAUAGGAUCCAGUAACAAUAUUAUCCAUGAGCCAAUUGUCUUCUAAUUUUUUGUGAUUUUUAAAUGUUGGGGGUUUCUUUCUUUUGUUUUCUUUGUGUUAAUUUCUACAAUGAAAUUAUACAUUUGUUCAAUAAAAUCAGCAAGAAUAAA